GUUGCGGAUCCCCACUGCCUCGUUGCUUUUGCUAACGAUUUCCUAAAGGAGUCUGUGACUUCCGAUGAGCCACUAUCAACGACUUGGUCGCUUUGAUCCCAUCAUCAUUUCCAUCUUUUUGCGGUAGUCUGCUACACCCCCAGGAGCCGAUCAACAUGUACAAGGUCCCAAAACGGCCAUCAUCCCUGCUUUGAAUGCAGGGCUGUUUCGCCGAUGAACCUAGAUAAACUGCUUUUUGACCGUCACACCCACAACUUCUACAUUGAUUAAAAAAUGUCGGAUGCGGAUGCUUCCGCUGCCAUCGCCGCGUUCCAGGCCUUUGUCAACAACCUUUACGAGAACAAAAAGAGCAGUUAUUCGUAUGUUUCCGCCUUGUCUUUUUUGACAUGGGACAUUAUUGUGUCAUUCGGGGAUGAGGUUAACUACAUCUGGGUCUCUCAAUGGUCGAUACCCAAGUUGAUGUAUUUCCUUGCACGUUACUACCCGUUCCUCUAUCUCAUUGGGGCGAACAUCAUGUCCCUUGCUACUGACAUUCCAAAAAGAUUGUAUGUUAUGGCGUUUACGUUUAAGGUUUACUUCUUAGCGCCAUCGAUCCAGCUGUCAGGCCUACUGGUAUUGGUCUUUAAUCGGCGGUCCCUCUUUCGUGAUCAUAAUAUUGGACAUCAUUUUGCUUCUUCGGGUCUUUUCGUUAUACAACCGGAAUAGAUGGCUGCUGACUUUCAUGGUUCUCUUUGUUAUCGGUACGGUCUGGUUCA